GGUGGGGCCAUGUUUGGUUCCGGAAGAGUGCUCGAAGCGAGGUGGUGUCGCUAUGGUGGAGUUGAGGAAUCAUCUCAUUCGUUAGCUCGCUGCUAUCUGUUUUAUUCUGGGUGUAAUGAGCGUAGCCAUCGGCCUCAGAGACUUGUUUUGUUAUUGAGGCGCCACCACAAUGACCCGCUGACCACCGAGGAUGGACAGCAGUGAACAAUGACGGGGGAGAAAAAGAAGAAGAAGCGGCUCAACCGCAGCAUUCUUCUGGCCAAGAAAAUUAUCAUAAAAGAUGGAGGGAGUCCACAGGGAAUCGGUGAGCCCAGCGUCUACCAUGCCGUGGUGGUCAUCUUCCUGGAGUUUUUUGCGUGGGGUCUCCUCACUACCCCCAUGCUCACGGUACUGCACCAGACGUUUCCCCACCACACCUUCCUGAUGAAUGGCCUCAUCCAUGGCGUCAAGGGCUUGCUGUCAUUUCUCAGCGCCCCCCUCAUCGGGGCCUUGUCGGACGUUUGGGGCCGCAAAUCCUUCCUGCUGCUCACGGUCUUCUUCACGUGCGCACCCAUCCCGCUGAUGAAGAUCAGCCCAUGGUGGUACUUUGCUGUCAUCUCCAUGUCCGGGGUCUUCGCAGUCACUUUCUCUGUCAUCUUUGCGUACGUCGCCGACAUCACGCAGGAGCAUGAGAGGAGCACGGCGUACGGCUUGGUGUCAGCCACGUUUGCGGCCAGCCUGGUCACAAGCCCGGCCAUUGGCGCCUACCUGUCAGUGGCCUACGGCGACACCCUGGUGGUGAUCUUGGCCACGGCCAUCGCGCUGCUGGACAUCUGCUUCAUCCUGGUGGCCGUGCCCGAGUCACUUCCCGAGAAGAUGAGGCCGGCGUCGUGGGGUGCGCCCAUCUCUUGGGAACAGGCUGAUCCCUUCGCGUCUUUGCGCAAAGUGGGCCAGGAUUCGACGGUGCUGCUCAUCUGCAUCACAGUGUUUCUCUCCUACCUCCCUGAGGCGGGCCAGUACUCAAGCUUCUUCCUCUAUCUUAGACAGGUCAUCCGCUUCUCGUCGGAGACGGUGGCCGCCUUCAUCGCCGUAGUGGGGAUCCUCUCCAUAUUAGCUCAGACGGUAGUGCUGGGCAUCCUGAUGCGAUCCAUCGGGAACAAGAAUACCAUCCUGCUGGGCCUCGGCUUCCAGAUCCUCCAGCUGGCCUGGUACGGCUUUGGCUCGCAGCCCUGGAUGAUGUGGGCCGCUGGCGCCGUAGCAGCCAUGUCCAGCAUCACGUUCCCUGCCAUCAGCGCCAUUGUGUCCCGGAAUGCCGACCCGGACCAACAAGGCGUGGUCCAGGGCAUGAUCACGGGGAUCCGGGGCCUGUGCAACGGCCUGGGUCCUGCUCUCUAUGGCUUUGUCUUUUACCUUUUCCACGUGGAGUUGACCGACACAGACGCCUCCGAGAAAGGCGGCAAACCCAAUAUGGCUAACCCCACGGAUGAGAGCGCCAUCAUCCCGGGCCCUCCUUUCCUAUUCGGCGCCUGCUCAGUGCUGCUCUCCCUGCUGGUGGCGCUGUUCAUCCCCGAGCACACGGGGCUCGGCGCCCGCCCCGGCGCCUACAAGAAGCACAGCAAUGGGGCUCAAAGCCACUCGCACAGCCCGCAGGGCAGUGGGGCCGAGGGGAAAGAGCCUCUGCUGGACGACAGCAGCGUAUAACCUCGGACCACUUUUUGAACUCUUGUGCGAGUGUGAGUGUGUGAGUGGCGCUGGGUUUUCAAUCUGUUACUAACUCGCCACACGCUGCCAGUCUGGAGGGAAUAGCUAGCAGGGACCCGGCCGGGAAAGCAGACCACUGUAGAGACCACAUGGAUCAGCUCAAAGCUGUCGUCUUCGCUGUUCAUUAGGGUUGCAAACCGGUGCAAGAUUUCUGGUCAUUUUCCAUGGGAACUUAAGAUGGGGAAUUUUGGAAAUUAAUAAGCAUAAAUGUAAAUAUCUAAUUUUUAAUUUAAAAAAAUAGAAAAAUAAAGGCCGUGAUUUAUUUGGA